AUGGGACGGUGGUGGCAGCUCAUGUUACGGCUGUGGACAGUCGUGCCCAUCUGGGCUGGGGACGAGCUGCUCAAUGUCUGCAUGAACACCAAACACCACAAGCGAGAGCCUGGCCCAGAAGACCAGCUCUACGAUGAGUGCACCCCCUGGAAAGACAAUGCCUGCUGCACGGCCAGCACAAGCUGGGAAGCCCACCUCGAUGUGUCCCUGCUUUACAACUUCAGCUUGAUUCACUGUGGGUUGAUGAUGCCAGGCUGUGAGAAGCACUUCAUCCAGGCUAUCUGCUUCUAUGAGUGCUCCCCAAACCUGGGACCUUGGAUCCGGAAGGUCAGAAGGCUGGGCUGGGAGAUGGACUUGGCUGGGCCAGGAGAGCGAAUCCUGGAUGUGCCACUCUGCCAGGAGGACUGCGAGCAGUGGUGGGAAGACUGUCGCACAUCUUACACGUGCAAGUCCAACUGGCACGGCGACUGGGACUGGAGUCGGGGGAAGAACCGCUGCCCUUCGAGGGCCGUCUGCCACCCCUUCCCCCAUUACUUCCCCACCCCCGCUGACCUGUGCGAGAAGAUUUGGAGCAACUCAUUCAAGGCAAGCCCUGAGGGCAGGAACAGUGGGCGGUGCCUGCAGAAGUGGUUUGAGCCCACCCAGGACAACCCCAAUGUGGCCGUGGCCCGCCUCUUUGCCAGCACUGCCCCACCCUGGGAAGUCUCCUACAGUCUCCUGGCCUUCUCUCUGUACCUGUCAUUCCUAUCCUAA